AUGAAUUUCAAAAGACAUUUGUUUCUGGUCUUUACGAUCGUAGUUCUGAUCAUCUGUUUGAAGAAUCAGAACGCCGAAACCAACAAAAACCAUUCUUCUUCUUCGGAGUUUGAGAUGUUGAACUGGUCUUCAUCUGAUGAACAAUCGCUUUCUGCAUCUCUGUUCUCAUUUACAGGCAACAAUGUUGAAGCUCCAAAGCAUUCUGAGAGCCUCAGAUACGAUUACUACGACGAAACUUGCCCUCAGGCGGAGCACAUAGUCCAAUCCGUCGUUCGGCGCCUCUACAUGACGCGCCCUAGAAUUGCUCCUCAACUUUUGCGCCUCGUUUUCCAUGACUGCUUCGUUCAGGGUUGUGAUGCCUCAGUUCUGCUAGACCCAGCUGAUGGCAUCGAAAGUGAGAAAGCAGCAAUUCCCAAUUUGUUCUUGAAGGGUGAUGAUGUUAUUGAUAUCAUCAAAUCCGAGCUUGAAGCAGCCUGCCCACAAGUUGUUUCUUGUGCUGAUAUUGUUGUUCUGGCUGCAAGAGAAAGUGUCAUUCUGGUUGGGGGUCCAUUCUACCCAUUGACUACUGGAAGAAGAGAUAGUAACGAGCCGCACUUUCAAUUUACUAAUGAACUUCCAGCACCCACAGAUGACCUUCCCAAGAUACUUGAGAAGUUCUCAUCGAAAGGUUUCAAAGAAUGGGAGAUAGUCAGCCUCUUAGGGAGCCACAGCACUGGGGUGAUUCAUUGCAAUUUCUUCAGCGACCGGCUUGGGAGGACUAAUGAGCCAGACCCUUCUAUAGAUACUGAAUUCCUCAACCUUUUAAGGUCAAAAUGCAACGUUAGCGAAGCAUCAUCUGCGCUGCCAGCCUCAGGAUCAGCACCAGUACCGUCCAACGAGCAGCCAACAAUAGAGAUGGAUUACAAGGGACCUGGAAAUGGUUUUGGUACAAUAUACUAUCAAAGUCUGCUACAAAGCAAGGGAAUACUCUUUUCAGAUCAGCAAAUGAUUGCAGCAGAAGAAACUGCAGCCUGGGUCCAAGCAUAUGCUUUAGAUGUUAACUUGUUCCGCCUGAAAUUUUGCCGUUCAAUGAUGAAGCUUUCCAAUCUUGGGGUUUUGACUGCAUCAAAGGGGAGGGUUCGCCUAAAUUGCAGAAAAGUUCACUGA